AAGCAAUUUCUGCCGGCCUGUAAACAUCCCAAAGCGAACGACAGCGCAACUACCGACAACAGCAAACCCCUUCCUCUCAUGCCCGCUUUGGCAUAUCCGACUACUCGGCAUCUUCAAUCUUGUGUAUAUCUGCCUGAAUUAGCUAGACCCUAUUUCCUGCUAUUUUUAGGUCCCUUGCGAGAAAGAAAAACAAACAAAAUGAAUAGUGAUGUUGAAUUGAAGAACGGCACCAGCUAUCUGGCUCGGCUCGAUAGCUUCCGUCAGUUUGACAAGGAGCGAGAGGAGCUGGUUAAAGAUCUCGUCGUCAGAUACGAGGAGCUGCAGAAACGCUUCGAGAACAAGUGCGAGGAGUGCAAUGGUGAAAUCGAGGCACGCACCCGUUACCAGGCCGAAGCCGAGGCCGCCAAUAAGAAACUAAAGGGCAUCCGACAGAACGCGGUAAACGAGACCUUCUCAAGAAAGGAUGCUGGCUCCUUUGUAUAUGUUGUGAUCAACGGCGACAGCGCCGUGUUCCGCGAAGGCUACAUUACGAAGGGCGAAGAAGGCGGCGUGAUGGCUGCUAAACAACUACACGUCGACGUAAAGAACCACGUUGAAGGCAUCUACCCUGAUGCUGACGUGGGUGCUUGGCACAUAAUUGUCCAGGUUGCUCUGAAUCUCGAGGGCCUCUCCCGGAAACUUCACAGCGCCGAGCUGGCGAGAAGCACGACGGAACUGCCCGCUUUCGCCCGAGGGUUUAGCCGCUCCCAGGGGCUCUUCUCCUUCGUUGACAUCGGCCACGGCAAGGAUAUGGCCGACUUUAAAGUCCACGAGACGGUGCGCGCCAUGGUUGACAACCUGCAGUGUAAGCACAUCCUCUUCAGCCCCUGUCACGACAAGGCCUACCUCACCAAGCUCCAGCAAGAGGCUUCGCCGCCAACCCGACUUAUGCUGCUAGAAACCACCCCCUUACCGCCAGAGUUCCAGGAGCUCGGUCUUCGGCGGGCCAAAUUCCCCCAAGUUUUCCGCUCCGAACCCCUUCCCGACAGCCCACUCGCCGUCGCGCCGUCCAUAUCCCCAUCCCGGCCGGUCAAAUUCCUCCCAGCCUCGUUGUUCGGCGCGCCGGCGCCGACGAGGGAAGCCAGCGUCUCGGCCAGCCUGCCGACGCGGCCGGCCCGGCGGCCCAAGGACAGGUACUACCUGGUGAACGCGGCGGGCGAGCGGGUGGACGAGCCGUCCCGGUUCGACCCGCAGGCGGAGCGGCGCUUCCGCGAGCGCGGGGAGAGGGAGGGCCGGGGGGCCUGCAACCGGUUCCACCUGACCGGGGUCUGCGAGGAGCGGUCGUGCACGUACUACCACGGGCCGUACCUGGACGACGCGAGCGGCAAGGCGAUCCUGAAGUCGAUGGCCCGCGCGGCGCCCUGCUACCACAGGAACGCGUGCAAGACGCCCGAGUGCUACUGGGGCCACCACUGCAAGGCGGGCAAGCAAUGCACGCGUCCGAACUGCAAGUUCGCUGACACCCACGGGAUGGAUUUGACGCCGGUCGAGAGGGUGUACGAAGAUGGCACCCGCGAGAAGGUGCCGGUCGAGAAAGCGGGAUAAACGAAGCCGAAGAGAGAGAGGGGAACGGGAAAUAGUGGGUUGCGGAAGUAGGCACUUGGGGUUUAGGGGGAGAGGGCUUUAUUACGUGGUUUUGAUGGGAACAGUUGGGAACAGUCUUGUCAGCUUUUGGUUAUUUGUCUCGUCGCUCUAUUAUGAACGUGGUAGGUAUCAAACACGGAGUUCCCGUAAGUUAGGAGGUACCUAGCAGGUAGGUAAGGAGGUAUACUACGCGUCGACGAACAACCUGUUACCGGCUUGACCUCCUCCCCCUUCUGAAAUGUAACCAGCUGCUAGAGGCGCUACCUUGGUUACUUACGGCCGGCCAUGUAUCUAAGGUAGGAGGUACCUAUAUGCUUGAUACCUACCUAUCGCACUUCUAUUGAGUUACCGGGUUAUCGAUUUCCCUCGCAGCUACCUAGGUUACUAACCCGCGUGCUGUGAUUACAUAACGCAACGGACAUGACUGGGAACUUUGGCCGCCUGGAAACCUU